AUGACAACAGUCGUCCUCCCCCCUCGUGCUCAAUGGCACGACAGACUCAUGCUCAGGGUCGCGGCCUGGUCCCAGACCAUGCCUCUUGCCCUCACCGCUACCAUCGUCGGUGUGAUGGAAUGUGUGUUGAACUUGUGGCAGCUGCUGAAACAACGCGACUUGACGGCCCGCGCCCUCGAGCGUCGUCAGAUCUGGAUUGAACAGAACAAGGGUGUCAACCCUGGUCGUCCCCGCGUUGCCAUCGUUACAGGAGGAAACACGGGCCUGGGAUUCGAGACCGCAAAGGCCUUGGUCGAAGCUGGAUACUUCACUAUCAUUGGAUGCAGAACGGUCAGUAAGGGUCGCGAGGCUAUUGACAAAAUCGAAGAACAGACAGGCAUUACGGGCCAGAUGACCGUCCUUCCCUUGGACCUGUCCUCGCAGGAGAGCGUCAAGGCUUUCACCCGUGACUUCGGGGCCCUUGGGUAUUCCUCUCUCGAUAUCCUCGUCAACAACGCAGGUAUGAUGGAUAUUCCCUUCGGGCUGACCAAGGAAGGAUACGAAAUGCAGUUUGGCGUGAACCAUUUGGGUCAUUACACCUUGACUCUCGGCCUGUUGCCCCUCCUCAACAAUGCCACCCAGGGUCGCAUCAUUGUCCUUUCCUCUGGUGCCAUGUACUCCUCCACCGACAUUCGCUAUGACCUGCUCCAGGGUCCUAAGGGAUACUCCCGCUUGGGCCACUACUCGUACUCCAAGCUUGCCAACCUACUCUUUGUCAAGGCUCUUGACCGUCGCCUGAGAGAGUUCAAGUCCAACAUCACCGUCAAUGCUGCCCACCCUGGAGCCUGCAGCACAGAGCUGUUCCGCCACAACCCUAUGAUGAACCUCUUGAUGAUCCCUGCUCGUGUUGUCUGCCGUAGCCCUCUUGUGGGUGCUAUGACGUCGAUCUACCUGGCAUUGGCACCUGGACUGGAGAAGGUCUCUGGCGAGUACUUUUUCGAUCAGAUCCCCAGGACUGUGAACCCCGUCGCUGCGGAUGAGAAGGCCCAGGAGUUGUUGUGGGCCAAGAGUGUCGAGUAUACCGGCGUCAACCUCAAGGCCGUCGAAAACUAA